GUGCUGUCUUCACAUGUGUGAUCUGUUACAGGCUGAAGAAGCAUAGGUUCUGAUAGAGUCCGUGCUGUCUUCACAUGUGUGAUCUGUUACAGGCUGAAGAAGCAUGUAAGAGACCCAAACAGUAACCCUCUCUUGAUUUUUCCUGAGGGUACAUGCGUCAACAAUGACUACAGUGUCAUGUUCAAGAAGGGAGCUUUUGAGCUUGGAUGCACUGUUUGCCCAAUUGCCAUAAAGUACAACAAGAUAUUUGUCGAUGCAUUUUGGAACAGCAGGAAUUGGGGACUCCCUGCUGCAGCGCCCACCAAGGUGAUGAAGAUGGCUGCCACCAUAGCCAGGUACCUCGAAGGUGAAGCUGGAGCUAUGGCGCUGCACUGCCACGAUCGCAGUACCACGUCAGCAGUGCCACGUCAGCAGUGCCACGUCACAGUGCUAGAUCAGCAGUGCCACGUCAGCAGUGCCAGGUCACAUUGCCACGCCAGACAUAGUGCCACGACAGCAGUGCCACGUCAGACACAGUGCCACGUCAGCAGUGAUGUCCGACACAGUGCCACGUCAGCAGUGGCACAUCAGCAGUACCACGUCAGACACAGUGCCACGUCAGCAGUGCCACAUCAGCAGUGCCACGUAAGCAGCAGUGCCACGUCAGCAGUGCCACGUAAGCAGCAGUGCCACGUCAGCAACAUGACGGGCCUGCCAGGCCAACUGGCCAAUGAGACCAUUGCCGCCUACAAGCAGCGUUGCCUGGCUCAGAUAGAGGCUGAGGAACAACGCCUGCUGGCAGUCGAGGCUGCCCACGUACAGGCUGAAGAGGCAGCAGAAGCAGAACAGCUGCGGCUACAGGCCGAUGCAGACACAGAUGCCCAGGCUCGCCGCAAGGAAGCCCAGGAUCUGCUGCAGCGGCAUGAAGCCAACAACAUCGACAGACUCAAGUACUGGCAUUUUGAACCGAACGGCGACGAGGCAACACCGGAAGAGAAGCACAAGGAGUUCCUCUCCAAACUCGUGACGCGGUUGUUGUAUGCUUGCAACUACCAACGGUCAGAGUUGGAGAGACAGUACCGGGACCUGACGCAACAACAUCAGGAGUUGGCGACGCUCUGCCGCACAGUGCAGGGCCAUGAGGAUGCAACUCGGGCACUCAAUGCCCGAUUGUUGGACCUGGAACAGGCUGUACCAGGACCAGCUUCUGGGGCUUCCAGCAGUGCACCCUCAAGCCGCCAACUGGAGGACCGCGUUGACCACAUAGUGGCAAUGCUCGGCAACAUCAGCACUUUCGCUACGCCGACCACCACCAUCAGCAGUCAGCUGCAUGCAUUGAAGACCGAGGUCCAACAGCUGCAGACGACGAACGCAAAUGGCAAUCCGAAGAUGUAUAAGAUGCCAACGUUCACUCUGGAGAAGUUCGACGACUACGUGCAGCAGGAUCCGACCUGGUUGACCCACUUGGCAACCUCCCGCGGCGUCGACGUACCAGACUUGAAGGACGUAAUCACAUGGGAGGAACUGACACGGCUGUGGAAGAAGCGGUUCAUCGUUGACGACGCGCCAGCACUCGCCAUCAACCGACUGUUCACCAUGUCACAGGGCAACACAGCAACACGGGACUGGCUCACGGAGUGGCAGAAGAUUGCGGCUGUGCCCAAUCUGAAUCUACCAUUCGAGCAUCUACGCCGUGAGUUCUACAACAGGUCCUGUGCUGCAUUGAGCCUGGCUCCUGGUGAUCGCGAGCAGUACUCAACCUUCGCAGAGAUCAUUGACAAAGCGAGGGAGAUCAUCAAGACCAACAGGUCAGCUGCACACGAGAAAUCAACAUCAUGGCARCSGACCUAUGUGGAGAAGGUACGAACUGGUCCGCGACAGCAGCACUUCGCUGCAGUCCAGCAGGACAGUGGAGAUAACCCAGCGGCCACUCCAGCAUCAAGUGACGGAGAUCAGGUGGCUGCUGUCCAGCCGCGAAGCACCAACAAGUCCCGCAACAAUAGGAAGGCGAAAUCCGCAUCGCAGGCCGGAAAUGGACAGCCAGGACAGUUUCCAUGGGUCAAGUUUGGCGUGACAGAGGCGAAGUACAAGGUCCACGGCCGCUACGGCAGCUGCUAUUGGUGCAACAGCACCAAGCAUAAGACCUCCCUGUGCCAAGAUCAAGGCAAGGAGGAUGUGCGACCCCGCCUCAGCUCGGGAAACUGAGCUCCGCGGAAGGUGAGGCGACCCCACCUUCUACUCCGCCAGAUUCGGCCGCCUUGCUAGCGACCUCCUGCACAUCUGGGGAGGAUGCGAACGAUGCGAAUGUCGCAAGUCCUCGAUAUACUUACGAGGAUUAUGCUGUCCACUUGGUUCCACCGCUGGACCAACCGCUCCACGUGCAACACUCCACCGCAUGCACGGUUUCAUCACCAUCGGCAACCGAUUCGA